UCAUUUAAGUUUGACAUCUCAAACAAAUUACAGUCAGUCUAAUGAUUUGAAACAUAUUGUUAAUAUUGUUCACAAUUUAUAUUUAUAAGGUUUUUAUUAAAGUUUUAUAGUAUAUAGAGACUGACAUAAGAUUUUAUUAUUUUGACAUUUUAUUUUGUAUUAAAUAAAUAAAUUAAUAAAUUAAUAGUAUUCGUCUCAAUUGAUUUAAUUGAUUAAUUUAAUAAUAAAAAUGAGUGAAUUUAUUAGUCAAGAUAGAGGCCAUGAAUUCUUGAGUCAAAAUAUAAAUUCAAUGAUUGCAAUGCGAAAGAGGUCUCAUACCUUUCCGUCCGCCGCUUCGGCUAUCGAUUUGAGUGAUUGUGACGACUGUCUGAGCGAUAUUAAUAGCUCUUGUGGUGAAACUAAUUGUCAUCUGAAUGCCAGUAAUGAUAGCGCAUUCUCAUCGCCACAACUGUUAAAAGUUAAAUAUAAGACAUUAGAGGAAGAGAGCAGUAGAUCUGCUAAAGAAUCAAAUGGAGAUAAAUGGACGAAACAAUUAAUUGGAUCACCGAAGACAUCCAUUACACACAACACAAUGAAUCAAUCGAUUUCUCCGAUACCUUCUCACCAAUUGAUAACCAAUAUUCCUUCUCCAAUAAUGUCUCCGUUCUUAAGCCCUUUUCUACCAUUGCGUUCAUAUGUUGGAGGUCUUAUUAGUCCGUUUUCAAGUCCGAUGUAUCAUAAUUAUCCGAGUCCUGCAUUUAACACAAUAUCAAAUCAGGACCGAGUCAUAGAGUCGGCAAAAUCACACCGAAAUGCCGCAACUCAUGCAGAUCCACGACACACAUGGUCUGGUAUAUUGCCGACAACUAACAGUCAAAAAAUUCCCGUCUAUUCGUGUAAAGUAUUUUUAGGUGGAGUUCCCUGGGAAAUGACUGAUCACGACAUCAAACUGAUGUUUUCUCGUUUCGGAAACGUGCAAAUCCUACGGCCCGGUCAACACGUGAAACUGUCCCGUUCGAGUCAGAACAAAGAUAAAGCGGGAUAUCUGUAUCUCAUCUUUGAAUCAGACAAACAGGUUAAGGCUUUAUUGAAUGCCUGUAUCCAUGAUUUUAGUAAUGGCGGGAAAUACUAUUUCGCGCUCAACAAUACCCGUUAUCGACCAAAAGAUAUUCAAAUAAUUCCCUGGAAUGUGAACGACACAACUUAUGUGAAGAACCCAUCGGCAAGAGUUGACGCAAAUAAGACAGUAUUUGUCGGCGCUCUUCACGGAAUGUUAACCGCUGAAGGUUUGGCCACUAUUUUAGAAGACUUAUUUGGAGGAGUAGUCUAUGUGGGCAUUGAUACCGAUAAAUAUAAGUAUCCAAUAGGAUCGGGAAGAGUAACUUUCCAAACAACCAAAUCCUAUACGAAAGCAGUUCAGGCGGCUUUCAUUGAUGUCAAAUCCGCCCGAUUCCAGAAAAAGGUUCAAAUUGAUCCGUUUCUUGAAGACAGCAAUUGUAGUAAUUGUCGCACAGAAAAAGGUCCCAUUUUUUGUCGCGAUGUUUGUAUGACUUACUUUUGUCGCAACUGUUGGGACGGUAUUCACGCAACGGAAGGCAUGAGAGGCCAUCAGCCUAUUAUGCGAACCAAAAACAAAGUCUAAUUGUUUAUUAUUGUCUAUUAUUGUCUUGGAUUUAUUACUUAUAUAUCUUUAUUUUUAUAUUAAUAUAACUUAAUACGAUUUUAUUAAUAAUAAGUAUAUUUAAAAAUUAAAAAACUAAUUAAAAUAAAUUAUAGU